CUAGUUUCUACCCGGCGUGUAAACAUCGGUGCAACCGGAAGAAGGAGCAGCGUGGAGCUGCACACCAUCAGAAACAUUCAGUUGUUAUAACAGUGUUGUCAGUUCAUAACGUUUGCCUUUUUACAUUAUGGACAACACGACUGACGGUACGUGGAGUAGUUUACCUGUUAAACUAAACGAUGGGGUUUUACAAACGUUGGAGGCGCUGACGUUCACACAUAUGACACCCGUACAGUCCGCUUGUAUCCCGCUGUUUAUGAGCAACAAAGAUGUGGCUGCCGAGGCGGUGACAGGCAGUGGAAAGACACUUGCUUUCGUCAUCCCUAUCAUAGAAAUACUGCUGAAGAGAGAAGAAAAACUGAAGAAGAUGCAGGUUGGAGCUCUAGUAAUUACUCCGACAAGAGAACUGGCCCUUCAGAUCAGUGAAGUGAUGGAUCACUUCAUCCAGAAGUUUCCACAGUUCACGCAGAUUUUACUGAUUGGUGGAUCAAAUCCAAUAGAGGAUGUGGAGAAGUUCAAGGAACAAGGGGCAAACAUUGUGAUUGCUACACCAGGACGUCUGGAGGACAUGUUCAGAAGGAAGUCAGAUGGUCUGGACAUGGCCAGCUGUGUCAGGAGUUUGGAUGUUCUAGUUCUAGACGAGGCAGACCGACUGCUGGACAUGGGCUUCGAGGCCAGUCUGAACACCAUACUGGGCUACCUCCCCAAGCAGAGACGCACAGGCCUGUUUUCAGCCACGCAGACGCAGGAGCUGGAGAAGCUGGUGCGGGCCGGCCUCAGGAACCCUGUGAGGAUCACGGUCAAAGAGAAGGGCGUGGCCGCCACCGCCGCUGCCCAGAAGACCCCGUCGAGACUCUCUAAUUACUACACUAUAUGUCGAUCUGAGGACAAGUUCAACCACCUGGUGGCCUUUCUGAGGCAACACAAGCACGAGAAGCAACUGGUGUUUUUCAGCACCUGUGCCUGUGUGGAAUAUUACGGCCGAGCUCUGGAGACGCUCAUCAAAAAGGUGACCGUCUGCUGCAUACACGGCAAGAUGAAACAAAAACGCAACAAGAUUUUUGCCGACUUUCGAGCCUUGAAAAGUGGGAUCUUGGUGUGCACAGAUGUCAUGGCCCGAGGCAUUGACAUCCCUGAUGUGAACUGGGUUCUACAGUAUGAUCCUCCCAGCAGCGCCACUGCUUUUGUCCACCGCUGUGGACGCACGGCCCGUAUCGGUAAUCAGGGCAACGCCCUCGUCUUCCUGCUGCCUAUGGAGGAGACCUAUGUUAACUUUUUGUCCAUCAACCAGAAAUGUCCGCUCCAGAGAAUGUCCCCCAUCAGUGAUGUCGUGGAUGUGCUCGACAAAGUGAAGGCCAUGUCUGUAGCGGACCGUGCCAUGUUUGAACGAGGCACGAGGGCCUUCGUCUCCUUUGUCCAGGCGUACGCUAAACACGAAUGCCGUCUCAUCUUUAGGAUCAAAGACCUGGACUUUGCCUCCCUGGCUCGGGGGUUCGCCCUACUUCGCCUGCCCAGAAUGCCUGAACUAAAAGGGAAAACAUUCCCAAAUUUCAUCGAGACACACAUGGACACCGACACCAUUCGCUACAAGGACAAGAACAGAGAGAAACAACGGCAGAAGAUUCUGAAAGAGAAGAAGGAGACUCCUCUACAGAAAAAGAAUUUCACAAGGAACAAAUCCUGGUCCAAACAGAGAGACAGGAAAGACCGCAAGAAAAGAAGGUCAGAGAAGAGGAAGCAUGACGAGGGCUCUGACGUGGACGAUGACGACAUACAGGAGCUUUUAAGUGACACGCGACUCCUGAAGAAACUGAAGAAAGGCCGAAUCACAGAGGAGGACUUCGAGAAACAAAUAGCAAAGUCAAAACAUAAAACACCAACGACUGCCGGCUCUGAUGAAGAGCGUGUUUGAUGAAAACUCUGUGGGACUCCUGAGAAGAAAAAAAACUCUGACCUUUUAUAGUUUUUUUUUACUUACAUUUUAAUUUUCAUUAAGAACUGAGAGUCGGGGUCAUAAAUAAAGCUUGAUGAGUUCGUCGCUGACGGCUGAUGGGGUGAGGACACCCAGGUCAGUGAAGAGGAGGGUGAUGAGGGAGGGAGGUGUGUAAUCAAUCAUAGGAUGCUCAUCAGAUAGGUUCUUUAUGUUCUUCAGUGUGUCAGCUUUGUACUGUAAAAGAAAAGAAAACAUUAAACGUUGUCCAAAAGCCAUUUUAAAAAAGAA